AUGGUAGUAUUCUCACGAUACGACGCGCCCUUCUGCGUUUCCCGUACAUUUGCGACCUUAUACUCUAAAUUGCAUCUGCCGAUCCCCGCGACUCCAGAGCAAGGUCAAGAACCACUUUUUCAAUCUCUCUUUACUACAUCUGUGUUUUUUUUAACCUUGAAAUACGUCAACGACGUGAUCCAGUACCCCUUCACCGCAGAGUCAGUGAGAGAUUUCCUCAUCGCAUGCUUGCAGUCUCUUCCUUCAUUCACGUCGGAAAAAGUUCAGAUUCGGCGGUUGAGUCUCAUCGACAUUCUUUCUGCCGUCCCCAGGUUAACGUGCCUCGAGCUCUGGGACCCGGUGACAGGCAGCUUCAUCCCGUAUUGUCUUGUCUCUCAGGUGUUGGCCGCCCAUAUUGGGGCUAAUCCCAUGUUCCUCCCUGACCUUGAGGCAGUCGAGUUCAUUUGGGAGAGGGAGUAUACUGCGCACGAGCUAGAAAGGGCACUGAUGGCAACGGUCGGGACGUGCAGCACGUAUGGGAAGCUGAAAGACGUAGCUAUUGGGAGGCUCAGGAAAUACGAAGAAUUGAGUGUCGAUACAAAUCAUCGUCUGGCGGCUUUGAAGCGGGGUUAG